AUGACACGUGGAAGAUAUCAACAUAUCGCACUGCCAUCGAAAGUGGCUAAAGUAAUUCUUCUUCGCUUCUUUGGUCAUAUACUAAGGAGACCGGCAGAUCGCCUUGUUCAACGAGUUCUGAGGAGUUUGUCGCUUUCGAGCUGGAAGAAACCACCUGGCCGAAAACGGAAGUUCUGGACUGAGGUGAAAGAGGACCUGAGGACACUCGGUGUGGAUAGGCAGUUCAGGCGAGCAAGGUUUCGCAGAAUAUGGAAUAUCGACGAAUGGACUGAUUCUGUGCAAGUUCUCGCAGAAGAUCGACAAGGUUGGCCAGAGUUGUGCUCAAGGACGGCACAUCUUGGCGAAGAUGCGGGUAAUCGCGUCAGGCGAUGCGGUCAUCAGCCCACCGAUUAA